AUCACCUGAAUCAAUAUUACCAACUACUUGGUGUUAUUCCACUAUUUUCACCUACAGGUUGCACGCAUAGGCUAAUUUAAUUUUGAAACUGUACACAAUUUUAUGCCUAUUUUUAUGAAACGAAUGUUUUGGACGCCGGAAUGCAUUAAAACGCGGGAAAAUAUUACAUUGUACGUAUCAGUAUCCGUUGCAUGAUUGUAAUGAGAGUAGGCUUUUCCCAAACGGUUUCAUCGACUCACGUUUCUAACGGCCGCUACCAUGAAACCUGGAGGUGGUACGAAGACUUCUACCGCCAAAACUGUAGCUUCUGAGGAUAAGGUCAGAAAGUCUUUGCACGUUUUGCAGCCAUCAGCCACCGACAAAGAAAACUUGGUUGGUGGAGGGAGAAUGCUCAGAUCUGCUUUGCCGGUGAAAGAAUCAAAUAAAAAUGAAGUAAUUGAGAAACCAAAAAAUGAACCUGCAAAACGUAAGAAAAUAACCUUCAAGGAUAAAGGUGUUCAGACUGCAAGAGGUGGAAAGAUUAAAAUCGAGGUUGAAGACCUAACUUCUGAAGCUGGACCUAGCGAAAACUAUUGGGAAGUAUUAGCUGAAAGACGGCGGAUAGCUCUGGAAGAUGCUUUAGAAGACAACAGAGAAUUGACUGAACGCGUUGAAAAGUUGGAAGAAGAAAAACGUAUAUAUAAAGAAAUGUUGGACGAAUCAAGAGCACUAGUCGAAGUUUUGCAGGAAAUGCUUGGAGAAGAUGGAAAUAAUAUAAAUAACUCUCUGGAUGAUAGCGUACUUUAAUUCUGUGUUUUGUAAUUAAGUUUCAACCAGUGCCUUAUGAUUCAAACAUAAAAAUAUACAUCUCCAUAUUGGAGAUUAUUAUACAAGAAAAAAAAAAGUCUGAGUAAAAAAGUUUGUAUGUCGUUGUAGUUAACUUUAGCCAUGUAUUCGUGAAAAAUUCGAACAUAACUGGUUAUUCGAAUAAGACUAUAGUUGCGACUAUGGAUAUAAUUACCUCAUAGAAUAUUACUUAUAAUAAUAAAAAUAUUAUAUAACUUUGA